AUGGGGAGGCUCGAGGGCGGCAAGGCCAGAGCGCUGGCCACAGUGCGAAGCGAGGACUUUAUCGUGCUCGUAGCCUCCGCCGCGUUGCUCGGAGUCUGCGCCGUCGUCGGCCCGAUUCUGGUGCCGACGCGUGAGCAGGUCCUCCCGUUCCAAGUGGUUGACCUCGGCAUCACCAACGGCGACGGAACGCCCGCGACCGUGGUCCUGCGCGAUCAGACCUACGACAAGCCUGUCGUCGACGAGAGGGUUCCGAACUGGGCCCUCGGCAUCAUCAACAUCGCAGGAGUAGUCCUCACAGGGUUCGUGGGCGCAUUCCUGCCAAAGUGCUGCUUCGGCGGCCAUGGCGAGGGCAUGCGCGCCCUGUCGGCCGCCUUUGUCUCGGUGGGCGUGUGCACUCUUGCGGCCGGAAUCCUCCGCUCGUACUUCGGAAUCCUCCGUCCCAACUUCUUCGAUGGCUGCGGCUGGAACAAUACUCUGGCGGCGUGCACCACUGGCUGGAAGGGCGAGGACCACGAUUUGGACGAGGGCCGACGGUCAUUCCCGUCCGGCCACACAGCGUCUGCCUUCUCGACCCUCUUCCUCCUCUCUCUCUGUCUGCUGCGCAUCGCGCGUGCCACUCGCGCUUCGCACGCAGCAACGGAUCACGUUGGCUUGAGCAAGCGCCUGCUCCCCACGGUUCUCACUGUCGUGGCCAUGCUACCGCCGACGGGCGCAACUCUUAUCGCGGCCACUCGGGUCACUGACUAUUACCACCACACCGCCGAUGUAGUGGCUGGCGCAUUCCUAGGAGUGGCCUGCGCCGCUCUCGCGGCGGAGAGCCUGCUGCCCGACUUUGGCGAGGACCUGUGCGAGGGCCGAGUGCGCGUGCGGCCCGUGAGGGCAUCGUCCAGCGUGGCGAUCACGAGCGUGCCUCGUCGCGAAAGCACCUCAAGCGACGCUGGCCGCCUGUGA